AUGGCCACGGAAGCCCCGGUGAACAUAACUCCCCCUGAACGCAACGCUGUUGGCCGCACAGCAGCUGACAGCUUCAUCUGGCAGCCAGACUCCAUAAACAUGCACCUCACCAGGCCCAAAUCCGCCAAGGGACGGACGCGGCCGAGUCGGCACAAACCGCAGGACGCGGCGCUGUGCUCUCACCGCGCGCCGGCUUCUCUGCCUCCAGCCAUUCGCUGUGAGUCGCCAAGCAGCCAGAAGCCAGGAGCCUGUGCACCCAGAUCUCCAAGCCCGGGAGCUCCCGAUGAGAUCCCUGAGCUGCUGCAACAGGUGCCCCUGGCGGCUUCCUCUUCCCUCAAUAAAUACCCAGUCCUUCCUUCCAUCCACAGGAAGACGCUGGAGGAGGGGGCCAUGGAGACUGUCGCUCGAAAGGCCAGCUCCCUGCAGCUGAGCAACACCCAGGCUCUGUACCGAAAGGAGGAGACCGGCACUGUGAAGACAAGUGAAGAAGGUCCCAGAGCUCCAUCUUGUUCCCCAGAGAGGAAAGCCAUUGGCCGAGCCAGGAGACAGGCCUCCUCCAGGGCUGGAGACCUGAAGGAGCCAUCAGAAGGGGAGCCACGGCUGCUGCUUGCGGUCAGGUUGCCGUCGGGCCGAAGGUUCGUUCGCUAUUUCCGGCCAACUGAUGACUUAUCCAGCGUUGUGGCCGUGGCUGAACACGAGGACCAGGCUGCCUACCACCACUGCAGCAUUGAAACGAUGGAGGUGCCCCGGAGACGUUUCUCUGACCUCACCAAGUCUCUGCAGGAGUGCAGGAUCCCCCACAAGUCGGUGCUGGGCAUCUCACAGGAAGAAGGGGAGGAGUGGCCCUGA